AUGAGCGAACAACAACAUUUUAACGUUAAAAAUGAAUUUACAAACCUCGAACGUGAGGCUAUGUUCCAAGUUGCGCGAUUCCUCCAAAAAUUCCCGCAAACACAAAGGGCACAUCAGGCCUUGGUAAAAGAUUUGACAGACCACCCAGAGCUGCUUCCCCUUAGAACUGAUUUCGAAGGAAAUACUCAUUUGCAAACCUACGACGAACUGGUACGUUUACCAUGUCGACCAUUAAAUGUCGGAAAAUUAAGAGAAAAUUUAUACCAAUCCGAAACGUCCAAAUGUCCAGAAAUAGAUGCUCGACGGGCGAGGCUAGGCUUAGCACAGCAUGCACCUUCAAGAUUUCUUGCUGGCCUUGUAGAUCAAAAUCCUGCCGCUGCUGUCGUCUCCCGCGAACUAGGUGGAGGUAGGAUUAAGAGCUCGCAACCAAUAAGGGUCAUAUAUAACGAUUAUAAGCAGGGAAGCGAGUCAUCACGCGAUGACCGACUCGCUAAGGUGUGGUGUACGGGUACUGGUGUUUUGUUGAGAUCCCUCCAGGGACAUAGGUCAGUGAUUUCGGAUAUGGCCAUUAGCAAAGAUGGUUACCUUUUAGCAACGGCGUCGGAGGAUACUACAGUUUUGGUUUGGGACCUGGAAAAAUAUCAAGUCGUCAAUUGUUUGAGAAUGGAUGACGCAGUUACAUCCAUUGCGUUCUCUCCAAGUCCGUUGAUCGAAAACAGGUAUAUUCUUACCACUUCCGAUAACUGGUAUACGUGGCUUGCAAAAUACGAACGUAUAAAAAGCACUACCUCUUUUGGCGAAUUAAAUAAAAUCAAGCCCACUAACGCUGUCGGCAGAGUACGAAUGAAGUGUUCUGCAUUCAAUCACACUGGCUCACUUUUCGCCGUUUCGGGGACAGACGGUUUAAUUCGAGUCUUCUCAACGAUCACCCUCGAAGAUUCUAAGGUUAUCGAAGAAGAAAAAGAAGGGGGCAGUGAAGCUAAUGUUUUAGAAAGUGGCGAAAAAGGGAAAUCAGAUGAAGACGAAGAAGAAAUCGAUAUUCUGGACGUCGUAAUGCCCCGCCCUUUCGUGUCCCGCGAAGAAAAAGGCGAAGAAAAACAAGAGAAUAAGCGCAAAAAUUCCAUUUCUGUUCGUCGUAUUUCGGUUUGUUCGGAACACAACCAGGAGAAAACAUUGUUUCCUGGCUCUCCUAGAUACACAGAGUCAAAUAUCAUCGCAUCUCCUAUAAAUGUCGGAUAUACAAAUAUUUCGGCUUCACCAAUAACGACUUUGGGUGCAAGUUCCACAUUACAGAACAAUACUGCAGAUACUGACAGUGAUGAGGAUACAUAUAGUGUUGGCAGUAAUUUCAGCUUCGGUCCGAUGUCACCACCAUCUAAUGAACAACAAAGUAACGUGCCGUCACAAAAUAUAGUUAUUUCUCCGGCUCAUUCCCCAAUUCGUUCUCAAGAGGUGCUUCAACCCAUUCAGACUAAGACACAUCAGGUAGAAGAAAAGAGACAUUCAGUAAAUAAAACGGAGGAGGACAAUAAAAGUUCUACAAAUCAUGAAAUUUCGAACCCAAACGCGGGACAAAAGAAUAAAAAAGACAAUAAAAAGAAUGACGUUUCCAAAUUAUUCGGUCCUUUUCAUAUAUCAGAUUUGGACGGACACGUCAGAACUGUGAACAGUCUUGAAUUUGCUCAUGGAGAUAAUCGUCUUUUAUCAGGAUCCGAUGAUGGUACUGCUCGUAUUUGGCGAUACAAUUAUUUAAAACAGCAAUGGAUUUCCAUUACAUUGGUCGUCUCCGAUAAGUCGCCAGAAUCUGAUUGCAGAGUCACUGCAAUGCGCUGGAGUGCUGAUGAUGCACUUGUUGUACUUGGAGACAAUAAAGGACAUAUCCGAGUAUAUGAUUCUCAAAAUGGUGAACUCAAGAUUGAAAUUCAUGCCCAUUCGAACGAUCUCUAUGUACUGGAUAUACAUCCUCAUGAUUGGCGUACCAUAAUGUCAGCAGGAUAUGAUGGCAAGAUUUCGAUGUGGGAUAUACAAGAUGGCAGAAAUGUCAAAACAUGGGAUCGUUCGAGUCUAAAGUUUAUUGAUGAAAAUUUAGAUCUUAAGUUUCAUGAUGGCAAAUUCAGAGAUGAUGGCAAGUAA